UCAGGCGUGGAACUACCUCCUCUGCCCGGCCGGCGCGGGAGGGCUGUGUGAUGGCCUCGGAGCGCCCGGAGCCGGAGGUGGAAGAAGCUGGGCAGGUGUUCCUGUUAAUGAAAAAGGACUAUCGAAUCUCCCGAAAUGUUCGCCUGGCCUGGUUCCUCAAUCACCUGCAUCAAACUGUGCAGGCCACACCUCAGGAGCUACUGCUUCAGUCUGAGCAGGAGUUGGAAGUCCUCAGCGUCCUCCCUCCUGGGUGGCAGCCAGAUGAACCAGUGGUACCGAGGCCAUUCCUCCUCGUACCUUCCACACGGGUCACCUUCCUGGCUUGGCAGUAUCGAUUUGUCAUUGAGCUUGACCUUAGUCCAUCUACUAGCAUUGUGGAUGAUUCCACAGGGGAGAUCUUGUUUGAUGAAGUUUUCCAUGCGCUGUCCCGCUGCCUAGGUGGGCUACUUCGGCCUUUCCGAGUGCCUGGAUCUUGCAUCGACUUCCAGCCCGAGAUCUACGUGACAAUCCAGGCCUACUCCUCCAUUAUUGGCCUCCAGUCUCAUCAGGUGCUGGUACAAGGCUGCCUUUUGGAACCUUCUCAGCGUGAGGCAUUUCUGCAGCAGGUAUAUGAGCAGCUCUGCCUCUUUGAGGAUAAAGUGGCCACUAUGCUGCAGCAGCAGUACGAUCCCCAGAGCCAGGCAGAAGACCAGUUGCCAGACUCAGGAGAGCCCCUGGGCCGGAAGGUGGGAGUCUCCAUGGUGACAGCUGAUCUUGGGUUGGUCAGUAUGAUUCGUCAGGGCAUCUUGGCGCUGCAAUUACUGCCCUCAAACUCUAGUGCAGGUGUCAUUGUGAUCACAGAUGGGGUGACCAGUGUUCCUGAUGUUGCUGUCUGUGAGACACUACUGAACCAGCUUCGCAGUGGUACUGUGGCUUGUUCCUUUGUGCAGGUGGGAGGCGUUUACUCUUAUGACUGCAGUUUUGGCCACGUACCCAAUGUGGAACUGAUGAAGUUUAUCGCAAUGGCGACAUUUGGCUCCUACCUAUCCACUUGUCCUGAGCCUGAGCCAGGCAGCCUGGGUCUGACCGUGUACCACCGGGCCUUUCUGCUCUACUCCUUCCUGCGCAGUGGGGAAGCGCUGAACCCUGAGUAUUACUGUGGCUCCCAGCAUCGCCUGUUUAAUGAGCACCUGGUCUCUGCAAGCAGCAACCCUGCCUUAGCCUUGCGCCGAAAGAAGCACACUGAGAAGGAGGUGCCAGCUGACUUAGUCAGCACUGUGUCUGUUCGGCUGAGAGAGGGCUAUAGUAUCCGAGAGGUCACGCUGGCAAAAGGAGGGUCCCAGCUGGAGGUGAAGCUGGUGCUGCUGUGGAAACACAACAUGCGCAUUGAAUAUGUGGCUGUGGCUCCCUGGCCCUUGGAGCCCGAGGGCCCUCGAGGGACACGGGUGGAAGUGACAAUGGAAGGUGGUUAUGACAUUUUGCAUGAUGUGUCUUGUGCACUGAGGCAACCCAUCCGCUCCUUGUAUCGUACUCAUGUUAUCCGCCGCUUUUGGAACACACUACAGAGCAUUAACCAGACUGACCAGAUGUUAGCCCACCUUCAGUCAUUCUCCUCGGUGCCAGAGCAUUUCACGCUUCCGGACAGCACCAAGAGUGGCGUGCCACUCUUCUACAUCCCCCCUGGAUCCACCACCCCAGUACUCUCUCUUCAGCACAGUGGUUCUGACUCGUGCCAUGCCCAGUUUGCUGCCUACUGGAAGCCAGUGCUGUCCAUGGAUGCCAAUUCAUGGCAGCGUUGGCUGCAUAUGCAUCGCCUGGUGCUAAUCCUGGAGCAUGAUGUACCCAUCCCCAAGCACUUGCACACCCCAGGCAGCAACGGACGCUACAGCACUAUCCAGUGCAGGAUCUCACACUCCUCGCUGACCUCUCUGCUUCGGGAUUGGAGCAGCUUUGUGUUGGUUGAGGGCUUUUCUUACGUCAAACUGCUCUCCAGUGCCCCAGACCAGCCCCCCUCCUCCUUCUACAUGGUCCGCAUCAUUUCCAAGGCCCCAUGCAUGGUGCUUCGCCUGGGUUUUCCUAUUGGCACACCAGCACAGGCCCGACACAAGAUUGUAUCAGACUUGCAAGAGGAGAUCCUGCGCCUUCGUUUCCCCCACCGAGUACAAAGCAAGGAGCCAACACCCAAGGUGAAACGAAAAGGUCUCGGGGGCGUUGGUGGAGGCAGUUCUCCCUCAAAGUCACCCCCCAUGCUGGGGCCACAGCAGGCUCUGUCUGACCGGCCCUGCCUUGUCGUGCUCCAUAAGCCACUGGACAAGCUCCUCAUCAGGUAUGAGAAGCUACCCCUGGACUACCGGGCACCGUUCUUGCUGACACUGGACCCCCCAGGGCCGCUGCCGUUGGUGUCAGGCCGCUCAGCUUCUUCUAGCCUAGCAUCACUGUCACGCUACCUCUACCAUCAACGCUGGCUCUGGAGUGUUCCAUCAGGCCUGGCUCCUGCACUACCUCUCAGUGCCAUUGCCCAGCUCCUCUCUGUCCUCACUGAAGUCCGACUCUCUGAAGGGUUUCACUUCGCCUGCAGUGGGGAAGGAAUCAUCAACAUGGUCCUGGAACUUCCAAUUCAGAAUGAGCCACUGGGGCAGGCUGGGGCUGAGGAGAAGCACACAUGUGUGAUCCAGUACAUCCUCUUCCCCCCACACUCUACCUCCACCAAAGACAGCUUCUCAACAGAUGAUGACAAUGAUGUGGAGGUGGAGGCCCUGGAGGGUGACUCAGAGCUCAACCUGGUCACUGAAGUGUGGGUAGAGCCACAGUAUGGGCGAGUGGGACCUGGCCCUGAAAGCUGGAAGCACCUGCGGGACUUGACGUACUCUGAGAUCCCUCAAGCGCUCCACCCGCGGGAUGCUGCCUGCAUACGCUCCAUGCUGAGCUUUGAGUACCUUAUUCAGCUGUGCCAGAGCAAGGAAUGGGGCCCUCUGCCCUCAGAGCCUCGGAUCUCAGGACUGGAGCAGGGAGGAGACUCCUGUGUCCAUGAGAUCCCUUUCCAUUUUGACCUGAUGGGAUUGCUGCCCCAGUGCCAGCAGCUGCAGAUGUUCUUCCUCCUGCUUUCAAGAGAGCCAGAGGGUGUCCCUCUCGCCGAGGGGCCCUGUCCCGCCAACGACAUGGUGCUGUGCCUGCUGCACAGCUGCCUGGGGCAGGAGCUGAGUGACCGGGAGAUCCCGCUGACCCCUGCUGACCAGGCUGCCUUCUUGAGGGAGGUGAUGCGGCGGCACUGUGGUGACCCAGGCGUAGAGGGGUCACCAGUGGAAAGUCACAGGACCCGGAGGGAUCAAGCAGUCAGCAGUACUCAGGCCACUGGAGACUCCGCUGUUCUUGCCCUGAGUGUAGGUCCUGAAGCUCUCAGGCCUCUCAUCUCUACCCAGUCCCCUCAGUGGCGCUGCUAUGCAAGGCUUGUGAACCCCCAGCAUGUGUUUCUCACCUUUCUCCCAGCUACCUUCCCAGAUGUCCAGCGUCUGGCUACCUGGGGGCUGGAGGGACCCUCUCAAGAUGAAACAAAACCUAAGUUUGGGGAUUGGAGUGGAACCCCCAGCAUGAAAGAUACUGGAAUAACUGGGGUCAAGACAACAAAGUCCCCACUCCCCAUCCUUAGUGUAACUCCAGCUAAUAACAGUGUCCAGGAUCCAGGAGAGCUGAGCCCGUCCUUUCACCAGGAUUUGCAGCCUUGUACUGGGCAUCAGUCUUCCCAGACAGAGAGUAUAGAUGGGCCCCGGACACGGUGUCCUGUCUACAUCUAUAGCUGUUCCCUAGAAGCACUCAGGGAACAAAUGGUUGGCAUGCAGCCCCCUCAAGCACCUCGAGACCUCAUCUUCCGAACUCCAUUUCUCGACCAUCCCUCCACGUCCUCAGCCUGGCUGGAGCCCAGGCACAAAGAGGCAGCCACCCACUGUGCCUUGCUGCAGGAGCACUCCCAACGGUGCUACGUUCGAGGGCUAUUCCGGGCCUUGCAGCAAGCACAGAGUGUAACCUGCCAGGAUUUGCUGACAGCAGUAGAUGCCUGUGAGGAGCUACUGCAAGAAGUAGACAUCACCCCUUUUUUGCUUGCACUGUGUGGCUACACUUGGGGUUUGCCGCAUGUACCCCCAAGCCCCGGUCCUCUCAGCCCCGGGCUCUUCAGCAGCAGCAUCGAGGAGGGCCUAGAGCCUCGGGAACGAGCUAUCCUGGCUUCUGAGUCCAGCAUAGAGACUGAGGACCUAAGCGAGCCUGAGUUCCAGAGUACUCGUGUCCCUGGCAAUCCAGACCCUGGCCCGGAGAUCUGUCUGACAGAUGUCUGCCAGCUCAGAGGAGAGCCACAUGAUGCCCUUCAUGGCCUCAUCCAGGAGAAAUUCCUGGAGAUUAGUCGCCUGCAUUUCCGCACCGUGCCCUCCAAUCCCCACUACUUCUUCUAUUGUCCUCCAUCUGGCAGGCGAGAGGAUGAGGGCCCUAGGGAUCCAGUAGACAGAAAAGUCAGUGACCUGGAGUUUUCUGAGGCUGAACUUAUAGGAGAAGAAGGAGACACGUCUGCCUGCUGUGUGGUCACUGAGAGUGACCCAGAGCUGGAGGUGGAGUACCGUGAGAGCCGUGAACCAGACCUCGUGCCUAUGGGGCUAGACUCUACCUCACUGUCAGAUGCAGAUACUGUGAACCCGGAUGAAGAUUCAUUUAGUAUCUUGGGGGGCGACUCCCCCAUUGGGCCUGAGAGCCUCAUGCAUGACCUGCCACCACUCUUCCUGCACCUCACAUGUUCCGUGCAGCUACGUGGGCAGCACAGUUCAGUACCUGUGUGCAGCCUGCCCACCUGCCUGGGCCAGGUGCUUUCCAGUCUAGAGGGCCCUUUGAUUGGAGGCCGAGUUCCCCUGAGGGACCUCAGUGUCACUCUAGACGUCUUUGUGCUGACCUUGCCCUUAGAAGUGGAGCUUCCCCCAUCCUCAGACCCUCAGCACUACCGGUCAACGUCUGAGAGCAGUGCUUCAUUCCCACGCUCCCCAGGGCAGCCCUCAUCUUUAAGGUCAGAUGAUGGCCUGGGGCCCCCACUGCCACCCCCAGAAGAAGAGAGGCAUCCAGGACUGUCUAAUUUGGCCAUGCCCCACAGAUUGGCUAUUGAGACAACUAUGAGUGAGAUCCGCUGGUUGCUAGAAGAUGAGAUGGUGGGAGCACUCCGAAGAGGGGGCAUUCCCCAGAGCCCUGCCCUGCACCGAGUAGCUGCCCACAUCCAUAGCUCUCCUGGGCGCUCCACCUGCCUCCGCCAAACUCUGCCUCUGAGUUUUGUGUUUGGGCCUGAGCGUUCCCUCACACAGUUCAAGGAGGAGUUCCGCCGCCUCCACCUCCCUGGUCAUGUUCUGCUUGAGGACCCUGACAGUGGCUUCUUCUUUGUGGCAGUUGGCCAACAGCCAGGUGGGUCCCGUGGGGAGCCCCCUUCAGCGGCCUGGGCUUGGCACAGCCAUGAGGAUAAGGCUGAAGGUGUUGAAGGGGAGGCCCUGAUAGCCAACCCCCAAGCCCUUGGUUCCCCAGAAGAUUCUGAGGGCACUCCUCUCAUCAGCCUGCCACAGGAAGGGAGCCAGCCUCCGAUCACCUGGGGACUAAGCCUCCUGUCCAGCCAAGGCAGUGUGGACUCAGACCACCUGGGUUAUGAUGGUGGCAGCAGCGGCUCAGACAGUGAGGGUCCCAGUGAGACCCUAGGUGAGAAGGCCUCCUUCACACUGAGGACUCCACCUGGGCCGGCGCCUCCAAAGCCUUCACUCUCAGGCCUGGCUGGACACUGCCUGCCUGACUUCUGGCUCAUUGUCCGUGUGCUGCAGGAUCGUGUGGAGGUGUAUGCACAUGCACAGAACCUGGCUCUGGAGGAUGGGGGCCCCAGCACUGAGUGUUGCCACCUGCAGCAGCUUUUGGUGAGGCGAGUUGGGGAGAUCUGCAGGGAGGUCAACCAGCGACUCCUCCUUCAGGACCUUCACGACAGUCAUGUUUGUAACUCUCUUUUGGUGGCCGAGAGUGAAGAAGAUCUGUGGCGAAGCGAGAUCCCCUUCCACUCGCGCCAGCGGGCCCCACUGCCCAGUGAUGAUUAUGCUGCUGAUGAGAGCUGUGCACCCCGAGGGUACCUGGCAGCCACAAUGCAGUUUGUUCCUGGCCAUUUCUCCUGUGAUGUCGUAUGGGGAACUGUGAUCCGAGUCCACUCACGCCUCAAGAUGGGGCCCAGCAUGGGGGUCUCUCGGGCUAUCCAGGCUCUGCGCUCUGUGCUCAAUGCCUUCUCUGUGGUGAACAGGAAGAAUAUGUUUGUUUAUCAGGAGCGAGCAACAAAGGCUGUGUACUACCUUCGGCUCCUGGAGACAUCCUGCAGUGACCGGCCAUGGGAAGGGGAGGCUCUGCCCCCCUCCCUAGCUCUGUCGCGAAGCCAAGAGCCCAUCUACUCUGAGGAGACCUCGAGUCCCCGUUCUCCGCUGGACAUGGCUUCCAGCCGUGGCUCAGAUGCAACUCGCCCCGUGGGCCAAGUGGACAGACAUAUCCAGCUGCUGGUACAUGGUGUGGGGCAGGCAGGUCCUGAGAUCACAGAUGAGCUCGUCCGGGUCCUGCGUCGGCGCUUGGAUGAGGCCACACUAGAUGUCAUAACAGUCAUGCUGGUCCGGAACUGCAAGCUGACCCCAGCAGAUGUGGAGUUCAUCCAGCCCCCUGGAAGUCUCCCCUCAGAGGUGCUGCAUCUGUCCCUACCUGCCUCCUGCAGGCCCUGGCUUCCUGCCCUGGCCUGGUACCUGCGGCAGAACCUGCUUAUCUUCCUUCACUCUCCCAAGUACACAGACAGCAACAGCCGAAACCACUUCCAGCAUCCCCUGCCACCACAAAGUGGUUUCCCUGACUUGGACAUCUACUUGUAUAACAAGCCUGGUGGACAGGGCACUGGAGGCAAAGGGGUUGCCUGCAUCACUCUAGCCUUUGUGGACGAAGGAGGGGCCCCCAUCUCACUGGCUCUGUGGCCCCCCUCUUCUCCGGGGCCCCCAGUCCUGCUACAAGAGGAGGAAUUUGAGCAGCUGACUCAGGUCAUUCGUUGCCCAGUUUUGCUGGAUCACUCUUCAGCUCAGAGUGGGGCCCCACAGCUUCGACUAGACGUGUGGGAAAAGGGAAACAUAAGCAUCGUGCAGCUGGAGGAAAAGCUCCGGGGAGCAGCCCGUCAGGCCCUGGCUGAUGCCAUCAUAGAGUUGCAGCUGCUGCCAGCUUCACUGUGUACAGAAGACACGCCCCCAGGAGGUCUCAGGAGCGUGUCCCUGGAAGCCAAGAGCCCUGCAGGCCAAGCUAGCACCUUUCCCCCUGCUCCUGUCCCUGGAGAGCCUGUGACUCCACCCAGCAAAGCUGGCCGGCGUAGCUUCUGGGAUAUGCUGAGUAAAACAGAAGGAGAUUUGGGUUCCCCCAAAACAACUGAUGACAUUGUCCUGGAUCGGCCAGAAGAUAAUCGGGGUCGGAGGCGUCACAAAACUGAGAGUGUUCGGACUCCUGGAGCAGCGCCAGGCCCAGAUUCUGGAGCCCAGAGGCAAAGACGCCGGACAACACAGCUUGAGGAAGGGGAGGUGGGGACCCUGAACCCUGUGUUUGCUCAAAUCAUUCAGCACUGGAUGGAGUUUAUGGUCCAGAUUGGUUGUGCCUCAGUGUCCAAAAACUCCACCCACAUGGUGUCCCGGUUCCUCCUUCCAUCCAUCCUGGCUGAGUUCACCACUCUGGUUAUCUCAAUGGCUGGGGACACCAGUGUUCGUGUCUUUGAGCAGCAUCUUAGAGGUUCAGAGCCAGAGACCUUCAGUCCUUGUUCCCCUGGACAGCUGGGUCCAGCUCCCCGUCCAGCAGCUGAGCGGCAUCUGCUGCUUAUAGGAAGGAACUUCAUGCAGUGGAGGAGACCAACACAGCAGGCUGCCAAAGCUUUGCAGCGCUUUGAGCCAGGAGGUGAUGGGGGCUCAGGGCGAAAUGCUCCUCGGCAGAGGCUGCUGCUGCUGGAGGUGGUGGACAAGAAGCUACAGCUGCUGACCUAUAACUGGGCUCCAGACUUGGGAGCAGCAUUGGGCAGAGCGCUGGUUCGCCUUGUGCAGUGGCAGAAUGCACGGGCCCAUCUCAUCUUCUGCCUGCUCAGCCAGAAGCUUGGGCUCUUCCAUCAUUAUGGCCAGUUGGACUUCCCUGUGCGAGAUGAAAAGGAGCCAAACCCGUUCCUGCUGCCGACCAUGGAAGUGGAGACCCUCAUCCGGAGUGCAAGCCCCCCACUGAGCCGAGAGCAGGGUCGGCUGAGUGGGUCCUCUCGGGGUGGGGGUCCUCAUCACCUAGAUACAUUCCCCUUUGAUGAGGCCCUGAGGGAUAUCACGGCUGCCCGCCCAAGCUCUACUCUCGGUCCCGUGCCCAGACCUCCUGAUCCUGUCACUUACCAUGGACAGCAGUUCCUGGAGAUUAAGAUGGUGGAACGCAGAGAGCUGGAGCGCCAGAUGAAGAUGGAGAACCUGUUUGUAACCUGGCAGCAGCGUUCUGCCCCCGCCAGCAUGCCCAUCAGUGCUGGGGAGCUGGAGACCCUGAAACAGUCGUCGCGCCUCGUGCACUACUGUGCCACAGCCCUGCUCUUCGACCCAGCUUCCUGGCUACAUGGACCCCCAGAGACCUCAGGGCCCACUGAGGGUCAGCGGCGCCAUCGUCCUGAGUCAGCGCCUGGAAGCCGAGAGACCCCUGGAAGCUGCGAGCCUUUGGAUGUACCUCCACCUGGAGCGCGUGAGGAGCCUUGGCUGAAGGAGCUAAGCGUGGCCUUCCUGCAGCAGUACAUGCAGUACCUCCAGAGCAUAGGCUUUGUUCUCGUACCACUGCGGCCUCCCUCACCUGCCCGCAGCACCAGCCGGCUGCGGGCCAUGGCUAUCCUUGGAACAGAGGGUCGAGGUUCCUUCUCCUGCCCUAAAGCCAAGACUGAGGGGAGCCCCAAGAGCACUGGCUCUCCAGUCACCACUUAUCAUCUGCAGCGGGCACUGCCUGGGGGCAUCAUCCUCAUGGAGCUGACUUUCCAGGGCUGUUACUUCUGUGUCAAACAGUUUGCCUUGGAAUGUUCUCGAAUCCCAAUGGGGCAGGCUGUCAACUCUCAGCUGUCCAUGCUGUUCACAGAGGAGUGUGACAAGGUGCGGGAUCUGAUGCAUGUGCACUCCUUCAGCUAUGACUUCCACCUGCGCCUCGUGCACCAGCACGUGCUGGGCUCCCACCUGGUCCUGCGGCAUGGCUACCACCUUACCACCUUCCUACGGCACUUCCUGGCCCACCACCCUGACGGACCGCACUUUGGCCGCAAUCACAUUUACCAAGGGACACUAGAGCUCCCCACACCACUCAUUGCUGCCCACCAGCUGUACAACUAUGUGGCUGACCAUGCCAGCUCUUACCACAUGAAGCCAUUGCGAAUGGCCCGCCCUGGGGGCCCGGAACAUAAUGAAUAUGCUCUGGUCUCAGCAUGGCACAGUUCUGGCUCCUACCUGGACUCAGAGGGUCUUCGCCAUCAGGAUGAUUUUGAUGUGUCUCUACUUGUCUGUCACUGUGCUGUACCCUUUGAGGAGCAAGGAGAAGCAGAGCGGCAUGUUCUACGGCUGCAGUUCUUCGUGGUGCUUACUAGCCAACGAGAGCUCUUUCCCAGGCUCACCGCUGAUAUGCGCAGGUUCCGAAAGCCACCCAGACUACCCCCUGAGCCUGAGGCUCCUGGGAGCUUGGUUGGUAGCCCUGGGGAGGCCUCCAGUAUCCUGCCACCCCCUGGCCCAGCUCCCCUGUUCCCACCACUAGCAGCAGAGGUGGGCAUGGCUCGGGCACGACUGGCUCAGCUGGUCCGGCUAGCUGGUGGGCACUGCCGUCGGGACACCCUCUGGAAGCGCCUCUUCUUGUUGGAGCCACCAGGGCCUGACCGACUGAGGCUAGGGGGGCGCCUGGCCCUGGCAGAGCUAGAGGAGCUCCUUGAGGCAGUCCACGCUAAGUCCAUUGGGGACAUAGACCCCCAGCUGGACUGCUUCCUGUCUAUGACCGUUUCCUGGUACCAGAGCCUGAUCAAGGUUCUCCUAAGCCGCUUUCCCCAGAGCUGCCGCCAUUUCCAAAGCCCAGACUUGGGAACUCAGUAUUUGGUGGUACUGAAUCAGAAGUUCACAGAUUGUUUUGUGCUAGUGUUUCUGGACUCCCAUUUGGGAAAAACAUCUUUGACAGUGGUUUUCCGAGAGCCCUUUCCUGUGCAGCCUCAGGAUAGCGAGAGCCCCCCUGCACAGCUGGUCUCUACCUACCACCAUUUAGAGUCCGUCAUCAACACAGCUUGUUUCACCCUCUGGACACGCCUCCUCUGAGGAAGCAAACCAGUGACUCUGCGUUAACUCAUGGAUCUGUAAGUCGUCCACUUGGGGCAUGACUGACCUGGGCCUCAUAUGCUUCUGCAUGGUGACACCAAAGGCUCUGUGACUGUCUGGGGUCAUGCUACCACAGCCUGACAGCAAGAACUGCCCUCCCAGACACUGAGCAGCCCAGGACUCCAGAGGUUUGAGUCAGCUCCGAGGAGCCCAUUCCUGCUUAGGCUCCUCAGCCCUUGCAGGGGGUGACUCCUUCCUGUCCCCUGGUGACAUCCUGGGGGUUCUUCACAUCAGGUGGCAGGCACUUGCCCCUCAGAUGCUGAGUCCUGCCUUCCAGUCUUUGGUCCCUGUCAGCCAUGUGCCCCCUUAACCCUCUAGUCUUCAUUCCCACUGGGAGAUCGCCGCUGGACAUUCCCAUUCAGAUAAGAACCUUGGUUCAAUCCCAGCUCUGCCCAGGAAGCUUGUGUGACCAGUAUGAAGCCUUUACUCAUGGACUCUUGGCUCCUCAUCUGUAGGUGAGGAAGGCUCAAAAGGUCUCUGUCUCCACAGCAAGUCUGGCACCAGCCAGAAGACUGGAGCGUGAGCAUGUGUCCCUUCUCAAUGGCAGGAAAGCAACUCAGACACUGAAGCAUUAGACACUGUGUCCCCUACCCCUACAAAAUACACCUAUGAAAGUGUUCA